CGUCCUGUCCGGCUGCAAAAGCCGCCUUUGAGACGUCCAUAGCCAUCAACCUCGGCUCACCGUUUUCUUGGCGCUAUUCUGAUCGCAUUGUACCCACGAGGACCUCUCCUUUCUUUCUUGCCUUUCAUGCACGUCAGCCUCAGAGGGUGAGGCAUUCCGUGAUGGCCGCGACAUAUGCGAAUCCGGUACCGGGCUCGCUCAAGCGUAAGCGGAGAAGGCGCGAGGACAAACCAGCAAUAUCGGCGCGAGUAGUCCUUGACAGCAGCUUGCAAGGCGAAGAGGGAGUACUAUCAGACGACCUUGUCAGUGAUCUGUAUCCGUCCUACGACAAAGAUCAACCACAACGACUAUACGCCGCCGUCACGCCUUGGACUCCAACGACAUCCGUCUCCGAGGUCAGCUGGGCUAUUUUACCUUUGCGGCCGUGCAACAAGCAGGAGAAGUCUCUGCCAGCAUCAACUGUACGCUGCCCGGCUUCAGCAUUCAGUACGCAGAGCUUCGUCAACCUGUUACAAGUGGUCUCGCCGAACCGCGUAAUAAGGCAGAAUGCGGUGGUAGAGGUUAGAAUCAGCGAUGUCGUGCCGCUACCGCUGCAGACAGUGUUUGUAUCCGUGGACACAGACGCGAUAGAAAGGCUCGAGGAAGUGCAAAAGAGGUAUGGUGGAGGCUUUUCGGGCACGAAUGGGUCGUUGGGCAAGCGCACAGGAAGGGCAGCGGUAGAGAAUGUGGACGAUGCAGGCCCUGCGUCUUCCGACGACGGGCAGAAACGACUCGUUCGUGAAACCCUCGAGCGUGUCAUGCUCCUUCAUACUGGUGAUAUGUUACCCUUAGCUCUCACCCACCCGGUCACGCACACCUCUGCCCCUCCGGCUCGGGUUUUAGGCUGCGAACCCGUAUCCCAAGGCAUACUCACUGCUGACACGAAAAUUGUCAUGACAAGUGCCUCGGACCGGCGGCAGCAUACCCUUAGCAAUCGUGCUUUCAUGUCUCCACGGCUAGACGAAGAGACAGAAGACGACACCUCAAACGAAGCUUUCUUUUCCGCCACAGAGGGAAAUUCGCCCAUGAAACCCAUCGUCACCUCCAAGUCAACAACGGAUCUCUCCAACACGGACGAUCUCUUCGACUCCAAUACCGAGGACAGCAACCUAUCGGACGACUCCGACGACAUGAUUUCGCUGGCCAAACCGGGAUUGACCGACCAACCUUCAGGACUCAGCUCUGCGGCCAGCGCGUCCACGCGAAGGGCGUUCGGUAGCAAAGCCGGGGGAAUUAGCACGCCCGGCUCGGUCUUCUCAAACAUGACUGCAAGUACCAUCCGCGGAGGACAGUCAACGAGAAGCAAAGUGUUCCGGACUCAAGGUCUGCUCGAGCGGAUAGCGGAGGAUCUACUUCACCCGAAGCCGCCGCAAGACGAAGACGAGGAAGCACGCGUCUACGUGGAGGCCACCGCACUGGCCAGGCUCGGGUGCUUCUCUGGCGACUGGGUGAAGUUGGAGGCUGUGGAAAGUCUAGGAUUGCCACAGCUGAGCGCAUUCGACACAUCGGAGGACGCUAAUUCGCACGGCUGGCGACCAGUCAAAGUUUACAGUCUGCCAGAAAGUAUGUCAAAACGCCCGCAAAAGUAUCAGAUCAAUACGAGAAAUGGCAGGCGGGACAGUAUCUCCUCACUCGCUACGACUUCCGGCGCUGUGGCGACAUUGUACGCUUCGCCGAUUCUGCUAGCUAAUAUGCAGCAGCCGGAGAACGUCAGCUUAUCGCCGUUAACGAGCAACAAGCGUACAGCGGCAAGACGACCACUUUCGCAACGACCAACCUCGUCUGCCCCGCGCCAGCCUCCUAUGGCGUCGGAGGUGACACUGCGAAAGAUCGUGACACCGACCUCGAGCGAGAGGGCUCUCAAUAACGCGCUUUUCGCAAAUCUGAAGGAGCAUUUCGAAGGCAAGCUGCGGGUUCUUAAAGCUGGUGAUCUCAUCGCGAUUCCUGUGGACGAGAGUCUAGGCCGUGCGUUGUACGAAGGCAGUACCGAGCAGGAAGAGGGUAACAGCAAUACGUUACUCGCGCAGUGGCACUCCGGCUCUAGCAAGUCUGAAGCUGGCCGACGGACUGUGGCUUGGUUCAGUAUCGAAUCCGUGAACGUCACUCAAGAGAACGGAGCGGGGCUGGACAUCGGCGAAGGAUGGGGCGGUGCAGCCUCCAUUGAUCCAACUAGAAUGACAAUGCGGCAGUCUGGUGAUGAGCGGCGCAGGCUGCCGUCAGUCGCUGGCAGCACCUGGCCAUACUACCUGGGCGUUCGACACUCCGCUCCCAAGCUCACUGGCGCUGGGCUUUCUGGCGUACCAGAAGUACCUGUCUCCUACGUCUCUGCGCUCCAGCGCCGGCUUCGUGAGCUCAUCUCAGUCUCUACUAGCCCACGCGCAGUCCAUCUAGGCCUUCCGCCACUGGCUGUGCUACUUACCUCGACCCACCGCAGCAUUGGUAAAGCGCACACGGUCCAGCGUGCCUGCGCAGGUCUCGGGGUCCACUACUUUCCUAUCGACGCUUAUGAUGUUGUUUCCGAAGGCGGAGCAGGAGUAGAUACGCAGACGCAAGGUCUACUUGAGGCGCGCUGUGAGCGAGCAUUGGACUGUGGGUCCGAGUUUACUGCAAUAUGCCUCAAGCAUAUCGAGGUGCUUAACUCUGACCGUGUCGGGGCUUCUCUGAAGGAGGUGCUGAGGAGGGCGAGAGUGCUUGUGGCGACGACCACCGAUGUGGAUAAGAUCCCGGACAGUGUACGAGGGCUGUUCACGCACGAACUAGAAAUGGCAGCACCUGACGAGGGUGAAAGGGAGGGAAUACUACGAGAUAUACUCACAGAGUCCGGAUUGCCACUCUCGUCGGAGAUCGACUUGGCGGCUAUCGCUGUGAAGACCGCCGCGCUCGUUGCUGGAGAUUUGGCUGACGUGGUUGAGCGUGCAAUGGCUGCGAGGAUUGAGCGGCUGGAUUCACUGGCGAGGCUGUCAUCGGAUAAGGCGCCUCAAACGGUAACCGUCAAGGACAUUCAGCUGGCUGGCGGCGCUGCUGCGACCUCAUUGAUUCCUGCCGACUUCGACGCUGCCGUUGACUUGGCACGCAAGAACUUCGCAGACUCUAUCGGUGCGCCAAAGAUACCGAACGUGCAGUGGUCGGACGUGGGUGGUUUGUCGCACGUGAAGGAUGCCGUGGUCGAAACCAUCCAGCUCCCAUUAUCAAGACCCGAACUCUUCGCCAAAGGGCUCAAAAAGCGCAGCGGCAUACUGUUCUAUGGGCCACCAGGUACCGGCAAGACGCUGCUUGCGAAAGCUAUAGCGACCGAAUUCAGCCUGAAUUUCUUCUCAGUCAAAGGCCCGGAGCUGCUCAACAUGUACAUAGGCGAGUCUGAAGCAAAUGUCCGACGCGUCUUUCAGCGUGCUCGUGACGCCAGGCCGUGCGUGGUCUUCUUCGAUGAACUUGAUUCUGUUGCGCCGAAGCGUGGCAAUCAGGGCGACAGUGGCGGCGUAAUGGAUCGCAUCGUCUCGCAGCUGCUGGCUGAGCUCGACGGCAUGGGCGAUGCCGAGGAAAGCGGAGGCGGCGUCUUUGUUAUUGGCGCGACGAAUCGGCCAGAUUUGCUUGAUCAAGCGCUGCUGCGUCCUGGGCGUUUCGAGAAGAUGCUGUAUCUGGGCAUCAGUGAUACGCAUGAGAAGCAGGCGACCAUCUUACACGCUUUGACAAGGAAGUUUAACGUUGACCCUUCGCUGUCGCUUGCUCGCGUUGCUGAGACCCUACCAUUCACCUUUACUGGUGCUGACCUGUACGCUCUAUGCUCGGAUGCCAUGCUCAAGGCUGUGACGCGGUCCGCUCGUCUAGUCGAUCAGAAAUUGGCCGCUAUCAACACCGAUCGAGCUGCGCGAGGCCAAAUCAAAGCUUCUGUCGCAUACUAUUUCGACCACUUCGCCACAGAUUCAGACACAGAUGUGCAGGUUACGGAGCAGGACUUUGUCAACGCCAAAAGAGAGCUUGUUCCGAGCGUCAGCCUUGACGAGCUGCAACACUACGAACGUGUCAGAGACACAUUUGAAGGCGCCACUAGAAAGCCGAACGGAGUGGAGCCGGCUUCACGUCCGCCGACCGCGAGAUCUGCGGGUAGUGAGAGCCAUAUGCCCUCGCGGAAGCGUUUGACGGAGAUGCUCAAGCGCGGCCCUUCUGGUGUUGGUAAGCCUUCCAUGCCCAAUGGCAGACACGAAGCCACUCCUCCCGCUGCCGGAGGAGCGUCAGAUGGCGAUGACGAAGAUUAUAUUGUUCGGACAGACAAGAUGUCACUGCGCUCGGGAGCAUCCGAAAUGCCGCCGAACUAUAUCAAUGGCAAAGGCAAGAACGCGGAGGUGAAUAGCUCUCCAGCAGACCUGUAUGACUGAGAGGUCUCCAUUGGCAACGUUGCCUUUUCCGAAGACUUGGCAUGUCUCGUGACAGAGCCCCCACCGCAACUGGAGCGUCUGGUCCUCAAUGCAAGCGUGCCCCUAUCGACGGCGUUUUGGAGCACCUCUAGUGCCAGCUCCAUCAACCCGAGUUUCGUCCGAUCAAC